AUAAUUGUUUUAAACAAAUAAAUCGAAGCCUCGACUCGACUAUGUGUCUGUGAUUGAGUUAUCCCUGUCCUCAGAUCCCAGCUCGAUGCGCAGAGCACCGUUACCGUUACCAUUACUUGGCUCCUCCAAAACUCUAUUCUCCAAUGGCAUCUUGCGUUCAUCAAUAUCAAUACCCCAUCAUUUCCAAAACCAACAACGUUACCAUUCAAACUCCCCAAUUGGGUCUCCAACAAGAGUUCAGAAGCUCAUAGCUUCUCAAUCAGACCCUCUUCUCGCCAAAGAAAUCUUCGAAUAUGCUUCUCGCCAACCCAACUUCCGCCACACUCACUCCACCUAUCUCAUCCUCAUCCUCAAAUUCGGUCGCUCCAAACACUUCUCACUCCUCGAUCAUCUCCUUCUUCGCCUCAAAUCUGAUUCCCUACCCCUCACUCCCACCGUCUUCACCUACCUCAUCAAAAUCUAUGCCGAAGCCGAUUUGCCCCACAAAGCCCUCAAAACCUUCUACACCAUGUUGCAGUUCCAGUGCAAGCCUCUCCCCACACACCUCAACCGCAUUCUUCAGAUUCUCGUUGCCCACCGGAAUUACCUUCGUCCCGCGUUUGAUCUCUUCAAGGAUGCCCACAAGCACGGCGUGUUCCCCAACACCAAAUCCUACAAUAUUCUCAUGCGGGCAUUCUGUCUCAAUGGUGAUAUCAGCAUUGCCUACACACUGUUCAACAAAAUGCUUAAGAGAGAUGUUGUUCCUGACAUUGACUCAUACAGGAUUUUGAUGCAAGCAUUGUGUAGGAAGAGUCAGGUAAAUGGAGCUGUUGAUCUUUUAGAGGACAUGCUGAACAAAGGGUUUGUUCCUGAUUCCUUGACGUAUACCACUUUGUUGAAUAGUUUGUGUAGGAAGAAGAAGCUCAGGGAAGCUUACAAGCUUCUUUGUAGGAUGAAGGUCAAAGGCUGCAAUCCUGAUAUUGUUCAUUAUAAUACAGUUAUCUCAGGGUUCUGUAGGGAGGGGCGUGCUCACGAUGCUUGCAAAGUUAUUCAUGACAUGCAGGAUAAUGGGUGUUUGCCUAAUUUGGUGUCUUACCGCUCUCUGGUAAGCGGUUUAUGUGACACUGGAAUGCUUGAUGAGGCAUAUAAAUACAUGGAGGAAAUGCUGUCCAAAGGGUUUUCUCCACACUUUGCUGUCAUCCAUGCCUUAGUGAAGGGGUUCUGCAAUGUUGGUAGGACUGAUGAAGCUUGUGGAGUUCUCACCAAAUCACUUGAGCAUGGGGAGGCUCCUCAUUCAGAGACUUGGAUGAUCAUAAUACCUUUAAUAUGUGAAGGGGAAGAUGAUGAUGGUGCGAAAAUCAGUGAUGGUUUGGAGAAAGCUCUUAAGAUUGAAAUUGAAGGUUAUACUAGAAUUGUUGAUGCUGGCAUUGGUUUGGAAAACUACUUAAUUAGGAAGAUACGAGCCAAGACAAGAGCAUCUUAAACAUCUGGACUUAUUACUUUUUCAAAUUUUGUACCUUACAUAUAGCUAUUUGUCUAAGAAUCUUACACAGGUUCCUCUAGCUAGUAAUAUGGUUUCCAAUGACAGUGUUGUAUGUCAAUUAUAAUUAUGCAGCUUCUCUGUCAAUGACAGUGUCCGAUAAUUAUGCA